AUGUCGGACGCAACCGCGACAGCGGAACAAGUCAGUGAUGUGGUUCUGCACUUCGGGGUGGACUCCAUGCCGGCCAAUUCUGCUUUGCUGCGCCUGGCGUCUCCCGUGUUCAACCGCAUGUUUACGAGUGGCAUGAAGGAAGCGCAGCUGGGAAGCAUCGAGGUGGAUGUGGCUAGCAAGGAGGACUUCAUCACCUUCUACAACUUGCUUGGACCGUGGGCAUGGAGUACCGACAAGGUGAAAGAGGAGAACGUCGAUUCGCUUCUCGCAAUCAGCGACUACUACCAGGUCGAGAUCAUCAAACAAACCUGCGAGAAUCUGCUGCUUGGUCUUCCUUCCACAGGCACCCGGCUCCUGCAAGCUAAGAAGCACGGCCUCCACAGACAGUACCAUAGGUGCGUUGGUGAUGUGGCUAAGUGGAGCACAAGGGAGGACUUGGAGGUGCUGCGCCAAUCCGAGCCGGACAUUCUUCUGGACGUGGCCCUCGGGAAACAAGAUCUGUUGAUCCAGUUCAUGGGGAUGAAGGAUGAGAUUGUCCGGUGCGAUGCCCUCGUGGAUGAGACUGGUCGUCGUCUCGGUCGGCACAUUAUGGCUUCGGACUCGCUCCAGGAAUUGAAGGUCGCAAUCAACAUGAUGCUCAGCCUGAUCAAAAACAUGGAGAUUCGUCGCAAAGCUUCCCCUCCGAAAGUGUGUCCUCCACAAGUACAGGCUCCAGAAGCGCAUCCCUUACAGCUAUUACAGGCUGUUGUCCAGAUGUUGUGCGGCUCGUCGCCGCGAGGAUGCUGA